AUGUGGCACUACUACCUCUUCAUUUUAUUUUUGCUUAUUGGCGGAAAAUGCGCGCAAGAAGACGACCCAGAUACCGUGAUCAACAAGUUUUUCGGCAGCAUUAUCGUGUCGAGUCCCGGUUUCUUCAGCCAACACUGCCUGGGCACCGAGGAGCACGAGGGGGACAUGCAAGUUUUUUGCCAGACCGUCCAAAUGAUCUGCACGAAACGGGACGAGCUAGAAAAUGCGACGAUAUGCCUGGAGAUCAACAUGUUGCUGGAACAUUUGCAAGGCAACGACAACGCGAUGGCUUAUGUGGCGAUUUGCGGCCGCCAGGACGUGCCGUCCGUCUACUGCUCGCACUUGGUCGAAGAGUCGGUCUACCAGCAAACGAGGGGCCGUCCGCUGUACAUGAGGAUGGUCGCCGACUACGCGGCACGGGCGGCGUCGCGACCGGCAUUUCGCGAACUUCUCUACGAUCUCUACGAUGAUUUCAACUACGACGGCGUCGCCGGCGUGUACUUGUGGCGAGAUCUUUGCUUGCGGAUACCCGGCCGUUGGACGCGGAAAAGCCAUUUCUACCACGAUUUUUGCAAGAAAUGGCAAAUGACAUGCGGGGACGCAUUUUACUGCGGAGUGGCCGACCAUGCGACACUGAUGAAGCGGGCGAUGCGCCACUUCUUCAGCAUGUGCAGGCCGCACGCGACGGGCCCCGAGCGGGAGUACUGCGCCAAGUUUCUGAUCCCGUCGUUUGAGUCACUGGAAGUCUACGUCGACGCGCUGUCGCCGGAAACUUUUGCCGUCUUUGCCCAGGAAUGUCAGCUGCAGCAACUCCACAAAAACUACAGUCCUCUCUGCCGCCGCGACCACACCAAACUCAUCAACUGCUACAAAGCGAUGGAGAAGGAAUGUUCUGCGAAUGGGACGUCGCUGGAAUGCAAAAUGCUAAGGGGUGCCUACUACGGUAAUCCG